AUGGUCCCCGAAGCCCGAACCCUGUACAACAAAUCAACUACGCACCGCAACUUCGGCCCUUCAACCGGCAACAUCCAGCAAGAACCAGUCCUCCAAGAAGGGUACAUCUUCUAUGAUGUGAUUGCAAACACCUUCGCAACUCAAGUCGUCGAAUGCAUGCUCGGCCCUAAUCUGGCACUCAGAUUCUACAGCGCGAAUACCGCGUUCAAAGCCACAGGUCGCCAACCGCCGCAUAUCGAUGUUCAUUUCGAUUUUCCGUGUGGUGUCCCCUUUGGGUAUUGCGUGAAUAUAAAUCUUGUCGAUACGUCGCCGCUAAACGGGGCGACGGAGGUGUGGCCGGGGACGCACCUGGGGACUUCUAUAAACGACAUGUCCGACACAGAACCGGGGAUACGCAAGGAGCUUGUCGAAGAGCGUAGGAAGAUUCGCCCUCCCGUUCAACCAUCACUGCCCAAGGGGUCAUUGAUCAUUCGAGAUUUCAGGUUAUGGCAUGCUGGGAGACCGAAUCAGACAGAUGAGCCGAGGGUGAUGAUUGUCACAGUACUUUUUCCGAAGUGGUAUAGAAGUGAUUUGGAGAUUGUGUUGCCGGAGACCGUUAGAGGGAAAAUCGAUUGGGGAACGAUUGAUUCCAAGGUGAAGUGGGUGCCGGAUGGCUAUGAUUAUUUGCAGGGUGCGCAUGAUCAUGAUUUUGUCUUGUUGCCUUGA